CUCCCUUCAACAAUAACACAGACACAUUCUUUACCAAGACAGACUGCACAGGUCCAGUCGUGUAGACUCCCCAGAGUCCAUGAAUACAACUCUGCAGAGCAAGCAGCCCAUCUUUAGAACAACUGUGACACCAGCCACAUUCCAGCAGUCUGUCCUGCCUCUGUUCAGACAUGUCGUUGUACAGUUUUGGACUGGAGCCGCUCUCCUGCCAUGCCUGGAACAAAGAUAGGACCCAGAUUGCUAUGAGUCCUAACAACAAUGUGGUGAACAUCUAUGAGAUGAAAGGCAAUGACUGGGUCAAGAUCCAUGAGUUGACAGAACACAGUGGACGAAUCACAGGCAUAGAUUGGGCCCCGCAGUCUAAUCGCAUUGUGACAUGUGCUUCUGACCGCAAUGCCUAUGUGUGGACCCUGAAGGAUGGUGUCUGGAAACCCACCCUAGUCUUGGUGCGCAUCAAUCGUGCAGCCACAUGUGUGAAGUGGUCACCGCUGGAGAACAAGUUUGCCCUGGGCAGCGGAGCCCGUCUUAUCUCUGUCUGCUACUUUGAACAGGAGAAUGACUGGUGGCUGAGUAAGCACAUCAAGAAGUCCAUUUGUUCCACAGUGCUGAGCCUGGACUGGCAUCCCAACAACAUUCUGCUGGCAGCAGGGUCUGCAGACCUUCACUGCAGGGUUUUCUCAGCCUACAUCAAGGACAUUGAGGAAAAGCCUGGACCCACUGCCUGGGGGGCCAAGAUGCCUUUUGGGGAGAUGAUGCUGGAGCAUAAGGACUGUGGUGGGUGGGUGCACAGUGUUUCCUUCUCUCCCAGUGGAGACCAGCUGGCAUGGGUGGCCCACAACAGCAGCAUCACUGUGGUUGAUGCUGCACAGGGGAAGGAGGUAACCCAGCUGACCAGUGACAGUCUGCCACUGCUGAGUGUUCUCUAUGUCAGCCCAACUGAGAUUGUCGCUGCGGGACAUGACUGCUGCCCCUACCAGUAUACAUAUAAGGGUCCUGGCUCUCUGGAGUUUGUGAAAAAGCUUGACAUCCCAAAGCAGACCUCCAGAGGCAGCAUGUCAGCAAUGCAGCACUUUCGCAACCUGGACAAAAAGGCCACUGAGGAGGACACCAGUGACCUGGACACCCUUCAUCAGAACAGCAUCACGCAGCUGUGUGUUGUAUCACAGGAGAAAGCCAAAGUUGGGCAGUACAGCAGUGUGGGUCUGGAUGGAGCUAUGGUGAUCUGGGAUUUUAAGCACUGACUCCACGGAUAUUGACGCUUGAGGCGUCAGAGUAUCAAACACAUCGUUGGUUCACCCACUCAUCUGCAUUUCUUAAUGACUGGAAAAUGAUAUUAACACAUGUGAUAUUUGUCAAAAACAUGUUUAAAAAUUGUUUAAAGAAAUAAAUGGACAAUACUGUGCAUGAUGGCGGGCAGGCUUCUCUGUGUGUGUGUGUGUGUGUGUGUGUGUGUGUGUGUGUGAGAGAGAGAGAGAGAUGAAACCUGUCCAUUUACCAUUUAUGAUUCAGUGGGAAAUUACAGGAAUGAGUCUUCAUAUUUAUAUGCUGAUAUCUGUUUAUAAAUAACACUUGUUCAAAGCACCAGGGUGGCUCAGUGGUUGAGUAGGCGACCACAUAUGCCACGUGGUGGAGCAGAUGGUGCAGGUUUGAGUCCCGACCUAGUUGCCAUUUGCUGCGGGUCUUUCCCCACCUCUCCUCCUGUCUGUAUCCACUGUACUAUCAAA